GAGGCGCAAAGGCCAGCGGCGGGCGGUGGCCGCAGUUCCCAGCGAGCGCUGGCUCGGGCGGCCGCUCCGCACCAUGGCAGGCCUGGGGCGGCCGGGCCCGGGGCCCCGCGCGGCGAUGCCCGCCUGGAAGCGGGAGAUCCUGGAGCGGAAGCGGGCCAAGCUGGCGGCCCUGAGCGGGGGCGCUUCGCCCGGAGCCCGGCCGGACGCAGCGGGACCAGCGGAGCCGGUGGAGGAGCGGCUGGUGCUGGCCGAUAGCCUGGGCCCACUGCGAGAGAACCCAUUCAUGCGGCUGGAGUCGGAGCGGCGGCGCGGGGCGCGGCGCGGCGGGAGCGCGGGCGCGGCGGGAGCGCGGCCGGUGCAGCAGCUGCUGGAGCUGUACAGCCGCGUGCCGGGUGUGCGCACCAUCCGCGCCGACAACAUUCUCAUCAUUGAGUCGACGCCCGGCUUCCCACCUGCCGUCCCCGGCCCUGACACUGGCCCAGCCGCCCGCAUCUGCGCCGCCGAGGUAGUGGUGUACGAGGCGCCGGCGCCGCCCGGCCGCGUCAGCCGUCUACUCCAGAAGUUCGACCCGCCGACUGCGCCGUGCCGUCGCGGGAGUCCGGAGCGCAGUCGCCCCUUGCCGCCGCCGCCGCCGCCGCAGCCACCCUCCCCCGGCCCAACUGGCCCGCGGGUGGGCGAGCGCGUCGCCUGCUUCGAGUCUGAGCGCCUCGGCGCGGGCUCCGGGGCCCGACGCAGCGACUUCCUGCAGAAGACCAGCAGCAACUCCUUCACCGUCCAUCCCCGCGGCCUGCCCCGCAGUUCGGGCACUCGCUCUCUCCCCAACGGGCCCGCGGCCCCAGAGUCCCGGGCCGGCGCUGCCAACUGCAUUGCGGGCUCUGCAUUUGGGCCCAGCCAGUGCAAGCCAAAGGUGGAGUCGGGGGAGUUCCCCACCCACCCGUCCCCCAGUUCCGGGACCUCCAGUGCCACCCCAGCUGCGUCCCCAACCUUGCCCACGCCCAGCCAUGCCAGUGCCACUCCCAGCCAGCGCCAGUGGGUCUCCUCAGCCACUAGCGCCAACGACUCCUUCGAGAUCCGGCCGGCCCCCAAGCCAGAUAUGGACACAAUUCCCGCCGAGGACCUGCAGGCCCGGGCCCUGGCCAGCCUCCGCGCGAACUCUCGAAACUCCUUUGUGUUCAUCCCCAAGCGCAAGGCCUUCGGAACAACUCCCCCCAGAGGGAGGCCGUCUGUGCGGCCCCCCGAGACAGAGGUGGUCUGGGCUUCCCAGGGCUCCCAGAGUGGAGCCCAGGCAGUGGCUGGGACGGACAGAGCACCUGCCAGUGGGAGGGGCCCCUUGGGGGUCCAGGAAGGGGCCUUCCCCAGGCCAGCCACUGCCCUGGUGGACCGGGCUGUCAGGUGGCCAAGGCCAUCCUCCCCACCGCCACCCCCAUCCCUUCCGGCUGCCACCGAAGCUGAGCCUUCCCAGGGCUUUGGGGUUCCCGGCUUGGCCAAGACUGGUGGGGAGCCCGGGAGACCAGGGCUGCCUGUCACCUUCAUCGAUGAGGUGGACUCGGAGGACGAGAUCCCCCAAGAAGCCAAACUGACCCGCUCAGAGGCCGGCGCGCCUCCCCAGUACCACCCGUCAGAGCUCCUGCACCGAGGCGGCAACACCUUCACGGUGGUGCCCAAAAGGAAGCCAGGGGCCCUGCAGGCCAACGGGGGGCCCGGGCCCCGGGAGGCCGAGGAGGCGGAGGUGGGCAGCCUCUCAGAGCCACCCGCUGCCCUGGGGGCACCACUGAAGAAGCGCUACCCCACCGUGCACGAGAUCGAGGUGAUUGGCGGCUACCUGGCCUUGCAGAAGUCCUGCCUCACCAAGGCUGGCUCCUCGAGAAAGAAGAUGAAGAUCUCCUUCAAUGACAAGAGCCUGCACACCACGUUCGAGUACCCCUCCGAGAGCUCGCUGGCGCGGGAGGCGGAGGGAGAGGCGGAGGCGGAGGAGGACGCGGCGGAGGAGGCCGACGUCGACGGGGCGGUGGAGCAGCCCUUCACGCUCUUCCUUCCCCGGGCCAAGUUUGUGAGCGGCGUGGCGCCCGAGAGCCCCCGCCUGCCCGACGGUGGCUCAGGCCUGUCCAGCUACACUCCAAAGCACUCCACAGCCUUCAGCAGCUGGCAGGAGCCGGUGCCGGCGCAGGCCCCGGCGGAGGCGGAGCCCUCGCAGAAGGAGGUCAUGCUCACCCCCGCCAGUCACGACGACCUCUCGGACUUCCGCAGCGAGCCAGCCCUCUACUUCUGACCCCAGCCCUCCGGACGGCUAGCACCACAGCCCCUUUGGCCCUGCCAGGCUCUGCCCCCCGCGGCCCACCCUGCCUUCCCGGGGCCUCAGAACCAGGCUGGUGCUGGAGGCCUGCACCUGGGGCCCCUCCAUCCCUUGGGGCCUCGCUCUGCAGCCAGGGUUUAGGGGUAGGGUCCUGCCGGCCGCCAGGCCCAGGGCCUGCUUGGUGUGUCCAGGGUGAGGGGCUGGCUCAGCUGCCUGUCCUCUGCAGGACCACAAGUCCCCCAGGCUACCCCCACCUGUGGCCGCGCUCAGCCCGCCUCCCUUGUGGUGAACGGAAGUCUGUCCGUGCCUCUGACAGUGGACUCAAUAAACAGCACCAGAUGAGGCCGC